UCUCCCACCACCGUCGUCUUCUCCAUGUUGUCAACUGCAUGCUGGGAUUGUGUUAGCACGUGUGCACGAGACCGGAUAUUUCACGUAUUGUCAGGUGCUUGCGUGAGAGAGUCAAGUUUACGGUAUAUAUAUACGUUAACUAUCUACCUGUGUAAGGCCUAUGUGCUAUGUUAUACGCGUAAGCACUUGUCACACAUAUACAACCACAUGGAGAACUCAGAAGGAAGCCAAGCAGGGCCUUCUAAGAAGGCGUUGAAGAAGGCCCAGAAGGAGGCAGAGAAAGCCGCCAAGAAGGCCGAGCAUAAACAACAGAAGCAGCAACAACAACCACAGCAGGAUGAGGAAGAAGGAGAGGACGUUUCUAAAGGCCAGUACGGGGUGAUGGAGAUGAUCCAAUCAAAGAGCAAGCCUGAUCGACGAAUCGUCGACCUUAAAGAGCUGACCCCUGACCUCGGCGACCAGAAAGUGUGGGUCAGGGCACGACUACAGACUAGUAGGAGUAAAGGUAAACAGUGCUUCUUUGUGCUGAGACAGAGCAAGUGGACAGUCCAGGCACUAGUCUAUGUCGGGGACAAGGUCAGCAAGCAGAUGGUUAAGUUCACUGCAGGAGUAACAAAGGAGUCUAUCGUAGAUGUGGAGGCAUACGUACGGACCGUCUCUCAGAAAGUCACUUCCUGUUCCCAACAGGAAGUAGAAUUACACUGUGAACAGGUGUGGGUGGUUAGCUCAGCUUUACCACGACUCCCCCUACUCGUAGAGGACGCUUCACGACAAGACAACCCAGAUGAUGAAUUAGCUACAGUUAAACAAGACACCCGUCUGGAUAACCGCAUAAUCGACCUACGCACCACAACUAAUCAGGCCAUCUUUAGGGUUGAGGCUGGGAUCUGUAAAUUUUUCAGGGACUCGCUGACAAAGCAGGGCUUCGUGGAGAUACACACCCCUAAAAUCAUAUCAGCUGCAUCAGAAGGUGGCGCCAACGUCUUCACCGUCUCGUACUUUAAGAGCAACGCCUACUUGGCACAGUCUCCGCAGCUCUACAAACAGAUGGCACUGUGUGCUGACUUUGACAGGGUCUUCACAGUAGGGGCAGUUUUCCGAGCCGAGGAUUCCAAUACCCAUCGUCACCUGACAGAGUUUGUAGGUCUGGAUAUGGAGAUGACCUUCAAAUACCACUACCAUGAAGUCCUCGACGUCAUAGGAAGUGUGUUUGUCUCCAUCUUCAAAGGUCUUCGUGACAAUUUUCAGGAAGAAAUAGCAACAAUUAACAAACAGUUUCCAUCAGAGCCGUUUAAAUUUCUUGAACCAAGUUUACGCCUGGAGUAUGUGGAGGCGGUCCAGAUGCUGAGAGACAAUGGUGUAGAGAUGGACGAUGAGGAUGAUCUCAGUACUCCCAAUGAAAAAUUCCUGGGGCGACUUGUCAAAGCCAAGUAUGACACUGAUUUCUACAUCCUGGACAAGUUCCCACUGGCUGUACGACCGUUUUACACGAUGCCAGACCCUCACAGCAAGAAAUGGUCCAAUUCCUACGACAUGUUUAUGCGAGGAGAGGAGAUCCUGUCUGGGGCCCAGCGGGUACAUGAUCCUAAUUUCCUGAUUGAGAGGGCAACACAUCACGGAAUUGAUCUAGAGAAAAUAAGGGCAUACAUUGAUUCCUUCAAAUAUGGAGCACCCCCUCACGCUGGAGGAGGUAUAGGUAUGGAGAGGGUAUGUAUGCUGUACCUCGGUCUUGACAACAUCAGGAAGACGUCCAUGUUCCCUCGUGACCCCAAGAGGCUCACUCCAUAAGCAAUAUAUACUGAACCAAUCAACACCUGCUGGUGCUUCUUAUGCUCUCAACCAAUCAGCAACAUUUACAAUGACUAUUGUCGACCAAUCAGCAGCUGUUUUGCUUGUAAUGUCCUCGAUCAGCUGUUGUUGCCGUUAACGUUUUAGUUAACUAGAUUUAUUUACUACAAAAGUGCUAAUAUAGAGACCUCACUGAUAUAUAAUUGUUUUUUAAAAAAGUGAAAGAGAGGUUGUUAUUAUGACAGGGAAUUCAGUAUUUAAAACAUAUUUCUAGUUUCCGUCAGCUAAAUAGAAUUUAGAUCAGUGAACUAAAUUCUAAAACAGUAUUAGAAUUUAGAAUCAUUUCAUGUUUCAUAAUGUCGCAGAACGUUUUUAAAUGACAACCUAUAAUACAUAAAAAAAACGUUACGGACCAGUGUGAUAAUUACUCAAUACAAAUUAAGAUAUAUAGUAGACUUUUACUGUGAAGAGCAAGAAAUAUCACUUUAAUAAUCAAAAUCUGCCUGAAGGCUGGCAUCAUAUUAUUGUUGGUGUUAGGGUAUAAAUAAGAGAAUAUUUGGUAUCAGUUUUGUGUACGUUUGUGUACAUCUGUGUGACUGUUAAGCAUGUUAAGGAGUUCUGUCGUGUUCACUGUCGUCUCUGCCUGAUGAGUGUUUAUAUAUUACAUUACAAAAUGUGUUUCGUCAACAGUCCUUUCACGAACCUGUGUGAAAUUAAUAUACAUGUGAUACAUAUUUGUGUUCAUAUCUGUAUACCCGUUUUAUCUCCGUUGCCUUUUGAGGAAAGAAGACACUUCCUUCAUUGCUUAUAAACAAACAGGUUCUGCUUUUGCUCAGCUCUAAUGUUGGGAUAAGUAACUUCUAAAGACAAACAACUAUAAUUAUAUAUUAAAUAGAUAUAUUAAUGGUAAAAAGUGCAAUGAAUUAUGUGAAAAUUUCAUUAUUCAAAACGGUAAAAUUUUCAGGCCAGGAACAUUAUGAUGCGAGGACAUUGUAGCUUCCCAAUGAUAUAAGAGCAGAUAAGUAAAGUUUAAUUUUUAAUAUAUAAUAUAUAAUCUAAUGUAGAUAGCACAACCCACAAGGGACAUAACUCCGUAAUUCUUGUUCCUAACAAACCUUAUUUUGUUGUAGCAUUUGAUGCCUUGGAGAAUCUCUCAUACAAAUAAACUAGAAUAGAAUGUGUUUCGAGCAAGAAUUACAUUCUUCAUUUUCAGUAAAAAUAUUCUUAUUUUUAAUUUAUGAAAUAUCAAAAAAAGUGGUCAUUGUUGAAGCAAAAAUAAACAUCCCUAACUAAAUUCCAUAUCAUGUUCAGUUUUGAAAAAUGUGUAAUUAUAACCAUAUUAAUGUAAAUUUUAUCCAAUCUAUCUCGUCAUGCAAAGGAGAUUCCCAUAUUUACCUACUUCCCUAAUCAACAUGACCAAACAAAUAUGUUUGAAAGAAAAUGACGACAGAUUCUUACUCAGUAAUUUGUACAUUUUCAAGCAAUCUACACCUGUACAAGAAACAUAGUCAUUGUGUGAAAUAAAGCUUGUAGGCUGGGUUAUUUUUAGGCAGAUAUUCUUCUUGUCAUACUGGACAAUGGACCAUCUUAUAAAGGCAGAGAAAGUAGGAAUGGAAAUCUGGGGGCAAAGACUGUUUGAAAUUUGGUUUUCUGAUACCUUUUGAGACCAGCAGUGACCACUUUUAAAUUCAAUUUUAUGUUCUAGUUAAUAAUUAGAUUGAAUUUUUUUUUCAUAUAAGUGUAAUAACUGGUAGGCACAUCACAUAGAAAAUACAUUUUUUGUUCAAAUUCUCACUCUUAGAAUUAUUUAUGUGUUUUAAUGUAAAUUUAUUCUUCAAUAUAAUUUCCCCCAAAGACAACCACAGCAUGCCAGGAUGUAGAAUGGCUUCAACAUAUUUAUUUACGAGUUCCUGUACAUUGACCCUGCAUUACAGAAUAAUUACAGUGUUAAAUAUCCAAUGUCUUCUAUGCAAGGGUAAAUGUUACUCCAACAAUGUUAGAGGUUUUACACCGCAAGAUACUUUUGACAGGCGCCGUGUAACAGUCGGCAAAAUCAUAUCCGAUAGAAAAAGGGCCGACCAGCAGCCUCUUAUGUUAUAGGAGUAGAGUAAAUGUCAAUAGUUAAAAUGUUCUAAAAAUAUUAAUUUUUUUAUAAAAUUUAACAAAAGGGAAUUCCAGGGUCAAACUCUGAAGUCUUCCUCCAACAAGUACAAUGUAUACCGGCAUUCAGACAACUGUACUCUGAGAGAUCAAUGCGGCGAAGCAGGAAGAUUUAAUACUCGACAUUGAGAACACUGUUACUGGAAUAUUUGUCUCCCAAAGAUUACCUCUUUUUAAUGUUUUAUAAAAUGAAACCAUGAAGGGAAAAUUAUAUACUAUUGCGAUAUUUUAUAUAAAGUAUUAUAAGAUUA